GCAACCAUCGGGAUUGACUUCUUGUCAAAAACCAUGUACUUGGAAGACCGUACGGUUAGACUGCAGCUCUGGGAUACAGCCGGGCAAGAGAGGUUCCGAAGCCUGAUCCCCAGCUACAUCCGGGACUCCACAGUGGCUGUGGUGGUGUACGACAUCACUAAUCUCAACUCCUUCCAGCAGACUUCUAAGUGGAUCGAUGAUGUCAGGACAGAGAGGGGCAGUGACGUGAUCAUCAUGCUUGUGGGCAACAAGACGGAUCUGGCUGACAAGAGGCAGAUAACCAUCGAGGAAGGGGAGCAGAGGGCCAAAGAACUGAGCGUUAUGUUUAUCGAGACCAGCGCGAAGACCGGCUACAACGUGAAGCAGCUCUUCCGACGUGUGGCAUCGGCUCUGCCCGGCAUGGAGAACGUCCAGGAGAAGAGCAAAGAAGGGAUGAUUGACAUCAAGCUGGACAAGCCCCAGGAGCCCCCAGCCAGCGAGGGUGGCUGCUCCUGCUAAUGCAGAGCUCACUCGGCUUCCUCUACUCACUACUCACUUGUGUUGCCUCCUAAUGGUUAGCUUCCUAAAGGGGUGGGAAAUGAGUUUA